AAAUUUUAAACUGUCAAAAUUACAUGUAGUCCAAACUAGUAAAUUAAACAUAUUUCAUCAAACAUUUAGCCCACAAAAUCGACAUUCAUGCAUUACAGUAACCUCCAGGAACAUCGAUUCAAUCACAAUCCAAGUUUCAACUAUUCAUACAUCAGCCAGCCCUUUUUCGGAGAUCAUAGACCAGAUGGAUAUUUCGAAAAAGUUCGAUCAAGUAAAGAUAAUAAAUCAAAAACGUCCAAGGGACUAGAAGGAGACGAAAAAUGUCAAGGAAAAUACCUGAAACAUAUUUUCAAUGCUUUGAAAAACAAAACCAGUUCGGAAUUAGCAGCUUUUAUAAAUUUUAAUUCGGUUGUUAAUGAAGUGGAAUACGAACUGUCUAGCGUAUCAUUUUUAAACGAACCUUCGAAAAGUAUCGUACCCUUUUACGAUUAUGAAACGUACACCGUAAAUAAUACUAAUAAAAAAGUUGGAUGUGGGGCUUUCUCGAAAGAUGUCAUUACUUCGAAUCGCAGCCAUAGCCAUAGCCAAACAACAGUUUCAGAAGUAACCAUCACGUCAUUCAGAGCUGAAAUUGUAAAAUCUGAAAAAAAAGUUGGACCUGAUGCAAACAUUAAUGAUGAGAAAAUCCAUUCAGUAAAAACUUCAAAUAAUGACAAGUUUCAUCCUUAUAGAGAAGUUUACGAAGAAAAGCCAGCAGUGAAUUUUCUAAGCAGAGUGCUUUCCAUGUUUAAAAGUAAAAAAGACAGUAAAACUUGCGGCUGCGAUACGUUCAACAAAGAACCCGAGGAACCAAAGACAUUUGCGAAAGAUCCCGAUUCGUUAGAACCAUUAUUCCAAAAUAGCAAUUGCAAAUGUUCUGACACGGUCAUUAAAGUAGAUAAUAAAAUUGUUCAAAACGAUAACAAACCAAACAAAUCCAACAAAUUAAGAUGUAAUACUCUAAAUCGAUACAAAUGCGAACGUUGUGGAAAAAUCGAUUUGGAUAAAUUAGACAAUCGCUGUCCCAAAUUAAAAUUGGAAGAAGAUGCGUUGAUGUUUUUGUUGAAGUUGGAAGCGAGACAGAAUUUUAAGCAGAUCAGAAAUAUUCAGAAGCAGUUAAAAGAGCAGUUUGAAAAGUUGGAAGACUUAAAUAGAAAAUACAUAAGUUUAAUGAAGAUCAUUUUUCCUGACAAGUUAACGAAAGUUGGGACGGAUGUGUCAACCGAUACUGUAGCUACCAGAGACAAAGAGGUUGAUGCAAAAACUAAGAAAACUGAUAGUUGUGUUUGUGCAACAAAAAAGAAACCGAGUUUAUAUAGUAGAUUGUUCAAAAAAUCAAAAUGUGACGCUAGCUGCAAAUGUUGCCUUACGCCGCGACCCGAUAAAGACAAAUGCAAGUUCUUCUUGGAAAAGAAAACCUCUAAAAAGAAGACCAAAGAGAAGGACAGCAAAACAAGUAAAGACAGCAAGAAAAAAGAGAAGAAAGAAAAGAAAGGGAAAAAGGAGAAGAAGUAACUUAAAAGAGGAUUUAAGAACGUUUAUGAACUGAAUGAUACUGAAAAAUAUGGUUGUCUGGAAUUCAAAAAACCUCUCCAGUGUUGAGUCUGUGAAAGUGAUCGCCAGUUGAAAAGUGAACUCAUUGUUUGCUAAAAUAAAUAUUUGAUGUACUUUUAGGUGGAUUAUUUCUUAAUUGCAUAACAAUUAAGCUAGUUUUUUUCACCUCUGAG